CACAAGCGUGUGGGAUCACGAGUUCAAAGUCCACAUUUGAUAACCUUGAGUAUUCAGGAAGUUUCUAUUCACGAAUGCAAGGCGACUAAAGGACGGUGAAGUUGGUUGGUCUUAAGCUGACUACUUUGCUUUAUUUUUGGAGUGUUUCUUUUAGAAAUUGCAUGCUACAGGACACAGGGCAGAGUAACCAGAAAAUCGGCUAAGCUGAAAAACUUACUAACGCUCGAGAGAGAGAUAUGAUUAGCCGCCAGGGCAUGCUUGUUGGUUUAUGUUUCUACUUGACUUGGACUGCGACCAAUGAGGACCAGAGUAUUUACAGAGACAUCAAUGGUCCAAGCAAGGCAUAUAUCACAGAAACCUUUGACACAAGCCCAUUGGAUAGAAAUUGGGUUCUCUCCCAAGCACUUAAAGAGAGGGAAUUGGACAUUCACAAAUAUGAUGGGGAAUGGGUGGUGGAAGAACCCAGCAAUCAAGAAUUCCCAGGGAACAAGGGUCUUAUCCUCAAGUCUCCGGGUCGACAUCAUGCUAUUGCUACAUAUAUACACCCAGUGUUUCACUUUAACAGCAAACCCCUCUGCCUACAAUAUGAAGUUUUCUUCCAAAAGGGGAUUGAUUGUGGUGGAGCCUACAUAAAGUUGCUUUCUCAUUCAGAUGAUCUACGUUUGAGUCAGUUUAAUGAUGUCACCCCAUACACCAUUAUGUUUGGUCCUGACAAAUGUGGCAACACUUACAAGGUACAUUUCAUCUUCCGCCAUUGGAACCCUGUGACUGGGUUGUAUGAGGAGAAACAUGCACAGCAGCCUGAGGCUGAUCUGAGUGAAUAUUUCAUUGAUCACAAACCUCACCUCUACACUCUCAAUUUAUAUCCAGACAACACCUUUGAAAUUCUCAUUGACCAAGUAUUAGUCAAUCAGGGCAGCCUCCUGAUGGACAUGGAUCCACCAGUAGUGCCCCCUUGUGAGAUAGAAGACCCAGAAGACACAAAACCUACCAACUGGGAUGAUCGGAAUCACAUACCUGACCCUGCAGUGAUGAAACCCCAGGACUGGGACGAGGAGGCUCCCCAGUUCAUUGCAGACCCCAAAGCGCAGAGACCUUUAGCCUGGAUAGAAGAGGAAGAGCCCUUUAUCCCACACCCAGAGGCUCAUCCUCCAAUUGACUGGUCUGUGGACAUGGAUGGGGAAUGGGAGGCUCCUCUGAUUGCUAAUCCUGCCUGUUCAGAGGCUCCAGGUUGUGGACCCUGGAAGCCUCCUAUGGUAUCUAACCCAGCGUACAAGGGCAAGUGGAAAGCACCUAUGAUUGACAAUCCUAAUUAUCAGGGCAAGUGGAAGCCACAGAUGGUUCCUAACCCUGCUUACUUUGAGGACCCUCAGCCCUUUAAAAUGAGUCCUGUGGGUGCAGUGGGCUUUGAGCUCUGGUCCCUCACUGGGAAUGUGCUGUUUGACAAUAUCCUGCUAUGUGAUGAUCUAGAGCUUGCCAAACGAUGGACAGAGGACACAUGGGGACAGAGGCAGACACCUGGAAUUGUAAAACGGUUGCUGUCUGCCACAAUAAAGCACCCCUGGCUAUGGAGUGUGUAUGUCUUCACUGUGGGCCUUCCCAUCAUCCUCUUUGUCAGUUUUAUGUGGCCUGACAAGCGAUUUGGCCCACCAGAUCAAGAUUAUUAUUACAAAAAAUCUGACGAACCUCAGCCAGACAGCCCACAAGAUACAGAGAGUAACUCCUGCCUAAGUGACUGUGGGGCCAAUGCCAGAACUGGAUCACGAAAAAGGGAUACCAAUAAACCUCAGAAAAAUCAGACUUGGAAUUAAAGAUUGAGGCAGACCAAACAUGUGAGUGCACCAAGGACAUAUUGGAUCACAUUCAAAUGAAGCCAUGAAUGAUGACAGUCUGACAUAGCUGUAACUUUGCUACUUUGAACAGUACUUUCCUUUAAGGAGCAGGCCAUGAGAAAUGAAAUGUGAUGUUGAGGACAAUUUGAAGGAAACUAACUAAAAUACCCCAGGCAUUUUGUAACUGGAAAAAAACUGUUGUAUCAAUGAAUAGAUAGUAAUGUAAAAUUUGGAUAAAGUAACAAGAUAGAGACAGCCUUGACAUAUGAGAAUUGCAGCAAAACAGUGUAUAGUGUUUCCUUCAUUUUUGCUUAAGGAAAGUAUCACGUCCUUCUUCCAGUCAUUAGUGAUUUAAUGCUGGAUUGUUUUGCCCAGCUACAGAGCUUGGGGAAUACCAACUAAAGUCACAACCAUGUUAAAUUACAGGCUUCACAUGGAAAUUUCGUCUACUCUAUUUCCACCUGUACAAUGUGCCUUAAUUGCAUUAACAUCUUUUACUGGAUUACAUGAUUUCAAAAUAAUAUUUAAUAAAUAUUGUUUGCUACUUUUUGGUGUGCAGCAGUAGCUUAGUGGCGAUGGUUUUUGACUUAUAAUCGGAAGGUUGCUGGUUCAAAUCCCACUGUUGGAUCCCUCAGUCAUAAUUGUAAGUUGCUUUAGCUAAAAGUGUCAGAUAAAUGUAAAAUGACAUAUUGAUCCCUUAAGCAAAA